AUGUAAUGGAUAAAAUUGGCCAUAAGGUGAUUUUUACGCGUACAAUAAUAGGAUUGAAGUAUACCAUGUAUAGGGUAUACUACAAACUCCCUUGUCGCCCACACUAAGUUCAAAAUGGCGGACGUAGGUUCAGAUUCUGCACAGGAGGGUGGUUCUGAAGCCAGCACACCGAGUAGCAGCAAGCGGGUGACGUCGCUGCUCAGCGUGAUGGAGAUCUCGGUGACGGAGCCGGAGCGCCGUACGGGCGUGACCGCCAUUAACAUGAAGGAGACGUACACGGUUUAUCUGGUGGAGACAAGAAUCACAGACAUGAAGUCAGAACUGCUGCCUGAGACCUUUACGGAUGAGACCUUCUCCCUGUGGCGGCGCUACAGUGAGUUUGAGCUGCUGAGGAACUACCUGUGUGUGACCUACCCUGCUGUGGUCAUCCCUCCACUGCCUGAAAAAAAGAUCCACAUGAUGUGGCAGAAGUUGUCAGGAGGGGAGGACAAGUUUGACCCAGACUUUAUCGAGCGGCGCAGGGCGGGACUGGAGAGUUUCCUACUGAGGGUGGCGGCACACGGACAGCUGUCACAGGACAAAAUCUUCCACUGCUUCCUGCACCUGGGUGAAAAUUGGAAGGAAACAGUCUUGGCUACUGGCUAUCAGAACAAAAAAAUCUACUUGAUUCUAAGGACUGCUCAGAUGGACUCACGUCUGAAGACACUGAAUGCCCAGUUCAGACUGAAGAACCCAGAUAGACGUUUCCAAGACCUAAAGAACUACAGUAGUGAGCUGGAGGCCAACAUCGCUAACCUGCUGAAGAUCAGGGAGAGGCUUGCGGAGCGUCUUUACGGGAUCCACAAGAUCCACGCCAACUACGGGCGCGUGUUCAGCGAGUGGAGCGGUAUUGAGAAGGAGAUGGGGGACGGACUGCAGAGCGCCGGACACUUCAUGGACGUGUAUGCGGCUUCCAUAGACUCCAUGUUAGAGGAGGAGGACACGUAUGCUGAUGCCCUGAAGGAAUACCUGUACUUUGCUGAUGCUCUAAGAUCCAUAUGCAGAAAACAGGAGCUGCUACAGUAUGAGGUGGAAAAGUUGGAGGACAAGCUGGUCUAUCUGAAGGCACAGAAAGAACAGAUGGAGCAGGGGGGUGACGUGAAGAGUGGUUUCUCCCUGAAAGGCAUGACCACCAAACUGUUUGGGGCCGACACCCCGGAAACCAGAGACAAGAAGAUCAAACUACUGGAGGAACAGACCCAGCAAACUGAGGAGCAGCUUCAGGCCGCCAAAUGGGAACUCAGCACCUACAUUGAUCGGUCCCUACAAGACGUGGAGCGUUUCAAGCGACAGAAGGUUCGCGAUCUGCGGGAAAUCUUCAUCAACUACUCCAUCAUGCAGAUCAAACUCUGCAAAAAGGGUAUCUCCCUGUGGAACAAUACCAAGGAAUGCUUCACCAAGAUGUGACCUUUCAACUUUGACCCUGUGCAAUAGUACUCCCCCCUCCUUCAGUUCAGCUCAAAUCCAUUGAUGUUGUUGUGGUUAUUAUCAUUAUUAUUACGCAAGGAAAAAAAAAGAAUUAACUAGCGAUGUACACUUACGGCAGAUUUUAGUUAGCUUGCCAAGAGUUUUUAAGUCACGUCUGUUUGGUAAAAUAUACUUAGCAAUUUUUAAGCUUUAAAAGGGUAUGGUUGCAAUUGUAUAUCCAAGCAUUUGACAACUCAAUGAUACAACAUACACUGAAAAAUUGUUUAUUGGAAAAGACCCUACAUAAGAUUAGCCUGGGGCCAGCCUUUUCAACUUUUUGUCGCUCUCCCACUCGGUACAGUGGCUAAAAAGGCUGGCACCAGGCUAACAUAAGAUAGUAACCCCAGGAAUUUACCCUGAAGACAUUUCUUCAUCAAAUAAUGCAAAUUGCCACUACAAGUGGUUGCUUUUUUUGCUUGACGUUGGUUACAUGGAGUGAAAAGAUAUAGUAGUGGCAAAAUGUGAGGUAAAAGAAAGUUGAGGGUAGGGCUAAACUCAUUCAAUUGCUUAGGUCUUAGAUUUUAAAAAAGCGUAAUGUUAGUUUGAAAUAUCAACAUGAAAGCAAAGUCUGAGGGAUAAGUCUAUACCUUGGUACACACAGUUUCAGAUGCCAGUUUUCUUUCCAGCCCCCUGUUUUCAUGAUGUCUUCUCACCAAAAAUAAUGAUGUUCAAACCUAAGGGACAUUUGAUUAACUCAAAGAGUCACAAGUAGUAUACUUAAAAAUAUCUUCACACCAUGGAGCAAUGUGCUUUCAUACACCACAAUAGAAUAUUGCUUUGCUUGCUCAAAAUGUAGUUAUGUACCAUGUAUGAGCAAUGAUUGUAAUGUGACAGUGUCAAAGGUACCAUGUAAAAUUUAACAUAGUGUUGAAGAGGUUGAUCAGUCAGGUAUUACAGUAAGUAGAAUAUUUUUCAAUUACUUUUGAAAGGUAUGAACACGUACUUCCAAAUUUUCUCUGUCUUCACAAUACAUCUUGUUCACGUGACCUAGUGUCAAUAGUUACCUAUAGUCUUGCAAGAGCCUGAGAAAAUUUGUUAUGAGGUACAUGACAUUGUAUGUGUUUGAAGUCUCACUGAUAUUGAAGACUAUUCUAAAAUCAAAAUUCACCAUAAUGUCAAACAGCCUCUCCUAAAUCAGUUACACAUGUCUUGCUUUAAUUUGUAAGUGGUACAUGUAUUUGUGUCAGUGCUAAGUAAUAGUUUUAAAUGCUGCAACAAGUCUUAAUUACAAUUUUCACAGAAAAGCGCAAUCAUAGGCAUUCCAGCAUAUAAAAGCAAGGCAGUCUUAGGGAUGUAUCUCAGUAGACACAGUGCACAAAAAAGUCACAAUUUUAGGUGACAAAAUGUUUUUGUUUGCUCCACUUUGUGAAUGCCUGGUUUGAUAUGACCUACAUUGUAGUACAGUGAGAUACCCACUGAAAAAGGAAUUAUUGCACCAUGGAAAAGUUUUAUGAUAUUUGACAAUGUGCACUGCUAUAAUUAUUUCAUGUGAACUUAUAGUCAGUAAUUUCACACAGUUUUAAUAAUUUUUAUCAGUACAUGUAGUUAGAUGUAAGUGGUCGCUGCUUUAACCUAUUUCACUUUCCUUUGAUAUAGAAACAAUAAAAAUGAUAUGGACCAAAUUGAAGAAUGAAGAUGAUAUAAACAUAUAUAGAUAGAAUCUGUUGCACAAAUAAGCAAACCCAACUCAUUGCUUAGUACAUGUACAUGUUGAAUGUUAUAUCUCCUUUGUCUAAUAUACAUGUCCAAAAUGUCUGGAAUAAAAAUUGAACUUUUAAACUUCCAAAAA